CAGCUCAAAUACAGGUAUGAAGUGGAAAUUGAUAAAAGCCGGAGAUCAGCUCUCAGAAGGAUCAUGGAGAGAGAUGAUGCAGCAGCUAAGACCCUUGUGCUUUGUGUUUCUAAAGUCAUUUCCUGGGGAGGCAAUGAUAAGAGUGAGUUCAAUGAUCCCAAGCAAGCUUCUGCUGUCAUUGAGGUGACUGAUGGCUGGUAUGGAAUCAAGGCUUUGCUGGACACUUCACUAACUGCACUGCUCCACAGAAGGCGGUUGUUCAUUGGUCAGAAAAUAAUAGUACAUGGGGCAGAAUUAGUGGGCUCAGAAGAUGCAUGCAGUCCUCUGGAAGCUCCACAAUCUCUUAUGCUGAAGCUUGCGGCAAACAGUACUCGUCCUGCU